UCUAUUCCUACAUAACAAUUUCGUUUCUACGUGCGAUGUGUGAAUAUACGUAUGUGUAUGUGUGAAAAAGAAAGAAAGAGAGAGAGAGGAAGAAAACAAAGAUCAUACAAAAAGAUGAUUCCUGUAAAUACGAAGAAGUUAUUAAGAAGAAGUUGCAUAGAAAAACUAAGGGCGCAAAGUAAGAUAUAUGCAGCACUGUGUAAAGUUAGCACGAAACCGGUCAGUCAGUAUCGUACCUGGUGUAAGGUGACAGUUCUUUGAAGAAAAUUUGCAUUGUCUAUAGUCUUAAAUUCAAUCGUGAUUCCUACAAAAUUAUUAAAAAAUGAAGAAGAUUAAAUUAAGGAGAUUUAAUAUGUACAAUUGUUCUGUAUAGCUAUAUCUGAUUAAUUAAAAAGUAAAAUCGGCACGACUAGGGACGAAGCGAGUCAUGCAUCGAUCGCGAAGACGUCUUAUUAAUCAACUAAUUAAAAUUACCAUUGUGUGCGGUUUGAUCUUGAUAUUAUUUAAAUUGAACGCCACAAUUAAAAGGAAUGAAGCCGAGUCGGUAUUAAGUUCAUCAGAUUUAUUGGAUCAAGCAGAAAAAAUUAAUAAUGAAAGAUUGUUGACCGUUGAUAAAGUAUGUAAAAAAUACAGACUAGGUAUUUACAGGGAUUCGAGCAAAGUUUCUUUUAAACAUCCACCUGCACCUCAAUACAGCGUUUUCUAUAUCGUUAGAGCUCAUAACAUAUCAUACUGUCCAUUAUAUAAAGCCAGCAGUACAACUUGGUUAUAUAAUUUAUGUCUGUUAAUGAAUAUAUCGGAAAAAGAAUUAAACAAUGGUAAAGAACAAUUAUCGACUAUUGCUAGGAGAGUCAUAGCCGAAUUAGAAUAUCCUGAAGCUGACGAGGCAUUGAGAAGUACAAAAAAAUUAUUAGUGAUAAGGCAUCCAUUUGAAAGAUUGUUAAGUGCAUAUCGAGAUAAACUGGAAAAUUCUGUGGCCGGUCGUGAGCAUGGAACUCUUCAUUUUUAUCAAAAAUAUGGAGCCAUGAUCGUUCGAAAGUAUCAUAAGAACUUCGUAAAACCUCAAGACGAUCAAGUGAUCGUAAGAAAAAAUGUUCCACCAGCAGCAGGAAUCGAGCCAACGUGGCGAGAAUUCGUUGAGUACUUGAUCAACACAAAUUUAGCUAACUAUAGUGACGAUCAUUGGAUUCCUUAUUAUCUCUAUUGUACACCGUGUCUCGUUAAAUACGACAUCAUCGCCAAGGUGGAAACUUUAUCGCGAGAUCAAAUUUACGCGUUGAACAAACUAGGAUUAGACAAAAGGAUCAAACCAACUUGGAAACACGGUAGUGGUUAUACGAACGCAUCUAGCAUCUAUUUCAAACAAUUGAGUCGAAAGAUGGUAGAAAGACUUUACGAAAAGUAUAGAUUGGAUUUUGAACUUUUUGAUUAUUCAGCCGAAGAUUAUUAUCGAUACGCCGUAGCUCUUAAUUGAAUGAAAAAAAAAAAGAAAGAAAGAAAGAAAACGAAAAAACAAAAGAUCAUACCUUGAUAUCCUGAAGUAACCAUACUCACAUAUUGAGUGUGUUUUUGCAAAAAAGAAGCCACUACCAUAUGUGUAUAUCGAUCUUCCUCUU